CACCCGUCGGUGUGUCAGACGCGGAUCCUCCAGAAGUUUUGCGCCUGACCCUGAUCAUCUCGCCCAGACCAUCAAAUCUGCGCCCAAACCCGAUCCGCUUACGCCUUUUCUGGGUUAUGGAACUGGAUAAAAUGGACGAAAACGACUGGAAAUAUCACGGGGAGGGCAACAAGAGCAUUGUCGUGUCUCAUUUGCGGCACUGUCGAGUUCUCCGCCUGUUGAAGGUUCCCUCUGAGGACUCGGCACACACACGACAGACCGCAGAACAAGCUUUUCGACACAUCCUCAACAUUAUGGACUAUAGCAAAUAUGUCAUGAAGCCUUUGCUGGGGGAGAAAUACGUUCACAGCGGAGAGGUUGUCAGACUACCGCUGGACUUUGUAAGACAGAUGUCACUGAAGGUCCAACAAGAACGACCUGAACUGCGCUGUGAUAAGGUCAUGGACACUUUCAGUGGCUGUGGUUUAUGCCUUCCCGACCUCACCCAACUGCCCCUUCAUCACCUCAGAGACCACAGACCUCCAAUCUGCGUUGAGAUAAAGCCAAAAUGUGGAUUUCUACCCUUUUCGAGACACAUGACGAAGGAGUGCAAACGGAAAGUUUGCAGAUUCUGCAUGCAUCAGCAUUACAAGUUAGCCAAUGGGAAGUGGAAGCGACUGAGUCGAUAUUGCCCUCUAGAUCUCUUCUCAGGGAGCAAACAGCGAAUGUAUGUUGCAUUAAAGAAUCUGUUAGAGGAACCACAAAACAACUUAAAAAUCUUUAAGGGUGGAGAGUUGAUAUUUAGCUGUAAAGACGAUGCCAAACAGCAACCUGACUUAAACGAUCUCAUUCAACACCUUCGGCCUUAUUUCCCCCACACUAACGGCCUUUAUAAUGGCCACCAGCCUGGUAAAGUCAUCCUCAACGAGUUCAUUCAGGUGAUCUGCUCUGCUCUGCUCAGCGGCGGAGACUCAAACCGCUCCGGAGAGUCCAGGAAGAUGCACCUUUCAGAAAGCAAACCCCACUGUGAAGCCAGUCCCUUCCCAAGAGACCUGAUCCGUAACGGUCACCACGGUCUCCCUAAGGACAGUGUACUCGCAAAAAUCCUCCAAGUUCAGAUGCUGGAUAACCUGGACAUUGAAGGAAUUUACCCUCUGUACAAGCGCGUGGAGCAGUAUCUAGAGGAGUUCCCGAAAGAAAGAAGCCGACUGCAGAUGGAUGGGCCUUACGGUGAGAGUUUCAUGGACACAGUGAAAAACUGUCUAAACGAGGACGACGGCUCUGUGGAAUAUGCAAUUGGGAAGGUUCAUCAGUACAGAGUUGCAAUGACGGCCAAAGACUGCUCGGUCAUGAUCACGUUUGCGCCUUGCGAAGAAGACGAAGAACACAAGCUGAAUCUGGAGAAGCCUCGUUUUACAUAUUCUGUCUCCAUCCUGGACCUGGACACCAAACCCUAUGAAGGCAUCCCGCACCAGUUCAAGCUGGACACCAAAAUCGUCAACUACUACCUGCGGAGCACACAAGCCCCGCCCCCCUCCAGCCUAUAUAAGGAAAGGCAGGAGUGCACGCUGCUCUUCCAUGCUGUAUGAGAUGCCUUCACAAGUGCUGCUUGGAGAUGAAUAGAAGUUGAAAUAAUAGUGAUAUAGUUGUUUUUAUUUUCGUUUGUUUGUUUGUUUGUUUGUUUGUUUGUUGCCCCUCCCAACAUGUUCUGCAACAUGAAGUGAGCAGCGAUGGGGGUUGUUGCCAGGACGACCUAAUGUUUUUCUUUCUCGAGGAUGAUGUUCUCAUUGGGGCUGGUCUCCUUAAAGCACAGAAUACCUGAUCGAGUCAGUCAUUGGCUGUAAAAAAGGGAGGACGAGGAGGUUGUGUGUGUGUGAAUGUGUGUGUUUGUGCAGUGCUGUUGGGUGUUUUACUCACGCAGCAGCGCUACUGUGGUUUCCAAGUGCCAAAAGUGGCUUACAGCGAUCUUUCCCUAAUGAACGUUUUACCGUGCAUCAGCUUGGCCGAGUCUGCAGUUACCGUACAAGCAGUUUGGAGUUCAAAAACAGAACAGUACUUGAGUUUUUACGUGUGACUACUGCUUUGUAACGUCCCUAAAGAGCUCCUUAAACCACUGACCCACUGCGAGCUACAGUAUCGGGAGUUAUACUGACAAGCACAGACCUGUUGCAUGCUAGUGAAUGCGGCUGCGCUAAUACUGUCACUACCCGGAAGAUUAGCUUUUUUAACUUAUAAGAUUCAAGAGUCUAAUCACAUAACGCUCUAAUGAAAAGUAUUUUUGUAACAUGCUGGCGUAACCGUUUACCGCCAUCUACAAAUUGAAGUGUCUUACUAAACAACAGACCGUAAUGAAUAAGAUCGACUUGCCUUGUCACCGCAAACUUAUUUUGAAUGAAUUGUUAUACAGCUCAACCCUGUAUUUUUUUGUCCAAAUGAAUUUAAGGGGUUGUUUACACACAAAUGAAAAAUUGGUGUUGGUUUAAUCGCACUUGGAUCGAUGAAGAUUCUUUGGUAUAACUUUAAUAUACAUUUUUUUUGUGGUUAUUCUUAAAAUGCAAGUCAAUUACUACCAGCAAAUUUGAGAGUCCUAAAAAACAUACAGGCAAAAUAAAAUAAGUACGGUUGCUCAUGACACAUUGUGGUUUAAUGAACAAGAACGAAUAAUCUGCUAACCAUUCUGAGCAUGUUUAUGACAGUCUGUAGUUCUUUCUGUCGCAUAAUACUGUAAAUAUUGUUCUGUUUCUUUUGCAGACCAACUGUUUUGCUUUAUAAGACCUUGUUUUUUAUAUGAGUUUGUUUUUUUCGACUCUAAAAGUGCCAGUAGCGAUUGACUUGCAUUUAAUGAAUUAGCCAAGCCCACAUUUCCAGCUACAAAAAAUACACUUUAGUGUUCUACCGGAAAAAAAUAAACUCAUCGCAUAAUGGAUGACGUGAGGGUGAAUAAAUUACCAGCAAAUUUUCAUUUUUAGGUGGACUUGAUGCUGGUAUGAUACUGAAAUUCGAUACCAAUUGGUACUGAAAUUUUAAAAAAACGUUAAUUUCCCGCUAACAUUUGAGCGCAUUCUUAAACGGCGCUAAUUUGACAUUGUGUUCGUGUGCUCAACAGAAAUGACCUUGAUUGGCUUGGAUUUCGAUACCAAUCACUAGCUUUUUAAAAACACUUGUGAUUGGCCUUGAAGGUCAUCAGUUCAGCAUACUCAAUGCUGUUUACUGAGUGUAACUACAGAUACAAAGACACUGGAGCAUUUUAAAGCCAUGAAGAUCAGCCGAUUCAUCAGCGGAGCUUAUAAAAAGACCAGCUGAACUUCGUGGCUUUAAAACAAUCCAGUGUCUCUGUAGUCAGACUCCGUAAACAGUGGUGAGUUUGAUGAACUGAUGACCUUCACGGCCAAUCACAGUCAUUUCUGUUGAGCAUGUGAACAUAAUAAAAAAUCAAACGCGGGUUAGCAGGAAAUGGACGUUUUUAAAAUUUCAGUACCGAUUGGUACCGAAUUGCAGUAUCGUGACAAUACUACUAUCUUUUUUUUGCUUUCAAAAUUGUAGUAUGACUUCAGAAAAAUUUGAAUAAUAGUGCACAAGCUGUAUCGACUACAUUCAUGGUGCUUUAUAUACAGCCUUUCGUCACAUUCAACCUGUUGUUGUAUGCCAAAAGUUGUGUAAAGGUUGUUCGGAAAUGUUAAAAAAAACAUCAGUGCACUGGCAUCAAGGUGUGUAAAUAAGAACUGAGUCAUCAUUUAUGUCUGAACGACUACUUUAAAGUCCAUUUCCAACAUCUAUUUUCCUCCUGUAAAAUGAUAAAUUAGCUGUGUCUGUUUAUCUUUGUGUUCGACGCUAAUAUGUUUGCGUGUCAACAGUCUUAAAAGCGCAGACUAUAAAACAACCAGCCCAAUCCAUCCCCUGCAGCUAUAAUGUCUGCGUUUUAAUGCUCGUAAUUGUUUGCAGAGCCAGACAUAUUUCAUAAGUCGACCAAAGAUGGACAGCAUGCCAAUGAUUGUUAGCACAAUACAGAAGCAAGAUGACUCAGCAGUUUUUUUUUCCUCCAAAUGGAGAAGCAGUACAUUGUUAGCCCCCAGAAAUGCCAGUGCAGACGGACCUAAUAAUCCAACCACAGUGCAACGGUUCACGCUAAUUUUACGGUGUGGCUUUAACACUACGGAUGGCACCUCGUGGUCGCCUUUCUCUGUCAUGGGGAAUAUUACUGUUACAAAAUACUGUAGUGUGAGGGAUCCUCGUGCUCCUGUUUACCUCUUACAGCGUGACGCAAACUAUGUGGGCUUAUUUAACUCAAAGUCGUCAGUGCCGUUUUUCAGCGGGAGUAUAUAGUAUUUGGGUUUUACAUGGAUUGACUUUUGCCAAACUGUGUCGUUCACACUCCCCUUUUUGUCUUAAUGUGAACUGGUGUCAAGAGAAGUAUUAAAAAAGCCUUACUUAAUCAUGAGCGAACGCACUUUUAUCGUCAAACCGAUUGCGUACUGUCAUGUCGCUCCAUUUUGAUGUGUUAUGAUGAUGUAUCCGAUUAAGUGCAGUUUCUCCACACCAGACAUUGCUGUAUUUGCCUUUUGUUUUAACGACAUCUUUCCCCAUUCGAACCAAGAUACUACGAGUCUGAGGUGGUGGCGUUGUCUUAUCGUAAUGAAAUACAGAUCUAUAAUCACUAUGUAGAUAGGAAUGGACGUUGAUUUUUGAAAAAGAACGAAAGUUCGCAGUUUCUGUGAUGGAAAUCUAACAUUAAAAUUUUAACUAUUUCAAAAAAGAAAAUACAAAGUGGAUUUUGCUGUCUGACAUUUUGUAUUUAAAAUUAUUUAUUUUUCUAGCUCUUGUCUAAUGAUGUAUAUUUCCAUACAGUGUGGGCAUAUGGUGCGUGAAAAUGAUUAACGCGUACUGGUGGCAUCAAGAUGUAGUUCCUAACGGGUGAUUGUACAGGUGUUUAUAUCAAAUAAAAUGAUUAGAUAUGAA